AUGCAGCUCUCACUACUACUGUGGUGGCUUUUUGCCUGUUCAAGUGGCGCACUAGCGGAUCUCCACGCAGUCGAGCCAAGCAAUACAACACACGUAUCACAACUCCAAAUUCACGGAGGCUCAACGAUCUUAGGCGCAGAAAACUUCAAUUCUAUACCAAUCGAAAGCCCACCCAACAGUUUCGGAACCGUAGCUCACUACAAGAAGAACGCUCAACCUCUCAGCAGAUACGAUGCCUGGCUUGCGGUCACCGCCUGCCUCGCAGAAGAAGCAGUCAAAGAUUGGAACGACUCAGAGAAACUUGCGGAUUGCCAGGCGACUCGAGGCAUCAAAAUCAGAGUCGUCAAGAGUCAAAUAGUCGGAGCCUCUCCAUUGCUCGUCCAACACAUCAUGUGUUCACUCAUUGAUGUCGUUGCGGGCUUCUGGGAGGAGCAAGAUCCUCCACACUAUGCAGAAACAAUCUUUCAGCCCCAGCAGGAUGAUGUGGACAUGGGCAUCGGAUCGAUUCUUAUGAGCCCUACCAUUGAGCUCAACUCUUCAAAUCUUCAGUUGGACGCAAAUGACUAUAGGCCAAUUGUGAAAUCCUCAACGCCGAAUGUCGCCCCCAGCACUGAUAGGGUCAGGAUCGAUUUCGACCCUGACAUCAAAGCCCCUGCUCUGUGCAAUCCAUUCGCGUUCUAUAUCAUUCUCAUGAACGCGAUCGUACAUCUGGGUCCAACGGGCUCCGAAGACUACGUCCCAGGAAUUAGGCUCUAUGACAGCCCUACAGAUGUGACGUUCCAGAUAGGCGCGUCUAAUGAACACUCGAAGGCUCUCAAGCAGUUCAUGAUUGUGAGUGCUCUCAAUUUCUUGGCCAUGAUAAUGAACAAGGAGCCUAUACAAGAUAGGUUCAGACCCUUUCUUGGAGGCAUAAGAUGGAAUAAGGAGAGAGUGGCCUUUAUCAGUUUUCAGAAAGGGAAAUUGCCUCCGCCAACGGUCGACCUUGAUUCUACCCCGGUCAUGGAUCGAAGCGUUUCCUCAACUUUUCCUAGCGAGAUACUGAGUACGAGUCCUGUCGUGCCGAACAUUCCGACCUUGACAACAUUUCCAGAUUCGACGUAUUGA